UUUCUCUCUUUUCCUCUUUUCUACCUCUCUUACUUCAUCCUACUUGGCCUUCUCUUGCUUCUUUUCUUCUAGACUUGUUUAAACGUGCUCAUCAACAGUUUUCUUCUUGCGUAACACUUUACUGAAGCAUUCUCUUAAAAAAUCCCAUUAUCUUAAUAGCUUGCCUUCUUUUAUGUGUGUAUUUUUCUGCCUUUUCUGUUCUUCAUUUAUUUUACAUGUCCAAGCCUGAUCUCUUUGAAACAGUGUGAACAUAAAAAAAAAUAUAAAUAAAAAAGACGUGUAAUACCGUUUUCUAUAGGCACCUUUCCAGUGUGCUUAAUGUAACUGAAGGGAACGGAGACAGUCUCCUUGGGUGAGGCAACAAAUUGAAUCCUGGACACAGCUCCUGGGCUUAGCUGUGCUUGUGGGUCCCUUGACUCCCAUUCUGCUUUCAUCGCAGCAGCAAAAUCUCAGCAAAGGUUUUCUUCGUCACUUCUGGCCCAUCUUGGUAAAUUUAAAGAGGAUUGCCAAAAUAACAGAGUUUAUGAAAGGUGCCAACACUCUCUUGUCAGAUUACCUCUGCAGUCCUUUGACACUUAAGAAGGCAGCAUGGUUUAAUCUUCAGGCGAUCUCUCCUACAACAGAUUCCCGGCGGUUCCUGUGCUACUGACUCUUGGCUGGCUCAGCGACCCCAGCGGGGAAUUUGUAGCACCCAGCCGCUGGCGUCUUCUCCUGGCGGAAGCUCAACCAUUUGAAGAGAAGGGGAGGGAAAAAAAAAUCCCAAUCAGGACGUUUGCACAUGCUGUUAUCUGCUUGCUCGCCUGGGUGUUUUGCUGAGGGACUGGGACAUCUGCAGAGAAGGGGGAGCGGCGGCGGCGGCUGGAGCGUGCCCUGUUCGGGGCUGAAGUUCCUCCAGCGCCGGGGGCUGUGAGUGCGCGCAGCCGGGGGGGCGAGCAGCGGGGCCGGGAUCGCGCUACCCGGAGCGUACGCAGACAGACGUGAUUAAAAUUCAAGCCUAAUGGCCUCUGGCAUAAACAACAUUCAUCAGCCCGGGACUUGCAAUGGAUCUAAAGCCGCUCGCAGCAGCUCGGCAGAGGAAUGCAGUCGGGAAAUGCACAUGAAAAUGUGCAAGAAGAUUGCCCAGCUCACUAAGGUGAUAUAUGCCUUGAACACUAAGAAUGAUGAACAUGAGGACAGUAUACAGGCUCUGAGAGAGGCUCAUGAGAAAGAAAUUCAGAAUAUUCUUGCUGAGACAAGAGAAACAAUUCUUCAGUGUAAAAGCAAAGUUGAAGAAGAACAAUUACUGAGAAAGCAUAUUCAGGCCCUUGAAAUUGCUGUAGCACAACACAAGAGAUUGAAGGAAGAAGCCUUGGCAGAGUUAGUAUUGUGUAAAAAGCAAGCAGAAGAGAAGGAGUCAAGAACAGAAGGGAAACAAGCACAGAUAGGCCUUUCUACAGACACAGUAGAUACCAAUGCAGACUUUGAAAACAAACUUCUACAUUUAAAUAAGGAGUUUGAUGGACUGCUAAAAAAUCUAGAUAAAGAAGUAAAUUUAGAUGAAAAAUGUAGUGUGGAAAGACACACUGUAAUAAAUGAGAUGGAAAACCUGAAGAGCAAGAACCAGAAAACAACUGAAGAGUAUACUCAGAAAACAAGAAAACUGCAAGCCCCUUGUGAGACAGGAAAAGAGACUUUGAAAAAAGCCAUGCAGCAAUCUGUGAUAGAAACAAACUGUCCACAAAGAGAAACAGAACAAAAGAAGUGUCCAGAGCCUGAAAAAGGUUUAUUGCUGCAGCAGGUAAAGAAGCUGGAAGCAGACCUAGAGGAGAAAAGUCAGAAGAUAAAUGAAAAGAAGAAGCAUUCCCAGAAGCUGAAGGAGCAAAUACAGGAGCUCCAGACACAACUAGAUGAAUUUAAAAGAAAAUCUGAGUGUGAACUAAAGCAACUAGAGAAAGAGAAAGAAGUUCUAACUGGGAAACUUCAAAACUCUUCACUUGAGGUGGCUCAGCUGAAGCAAGUAUUAGAACAACAAGCAAAUCAUUUCAAGGAGUCACUGAAGAAACAUAGUCUACAGUCCAACAAAGAAAAAGAGAAGCUUUUGCAGGAUCUUCACAACACCAUCAAAGAAAACCAAAAUGUUAAACUGCAGUUGGAGGCAUCACAUCAAAAAGUCUUAAAAAUGUUGGAGAAAAGCAAGAAUCAGGAACUCAAGGAGGCAGAAGAACGUUUGAAAAAGGAAUUUAAUGAGACUUUCAAGAUUCAACACCAGUCUCAUAGGCUGGAAAUACAAACCUUGGAAGAGAAAGCAAAGAAAGAAUUACAUGAUGAACUUGAGCAGAUACAGAAGCAACAAUCCCUGUUGCUAGGAUCUCUAAGGAUGGAACUCUCUGAGCAACAGACAUCAUGCACUAACCUAAAGAAACAAAUAGAAGAACUACAAACGGAGCUAAGGAGUGUGAAGACACUGAAGAAACAACAGGAAGGAAGUAGCCAAAGCCAGAUCAGAUCUCUUCAUGAUGAACUGGAAAAAUGUCAGAAUGAAAUUUCUGAACUCAAGAAAGAGAAUUUACUUUUGAAGGACACAAUGGAGCUACUCAGUGCUGAAUUGGAGUCACAGAAGCAAGAAGCUGCACAGCUUCAGGAUAGAGAUAAACAGCAUAGAAGACUUAAAGAAUUAGAAGAAAAGUCAAGAAAGUGGGAGUCCAGGCCUGAAGAUACACACCUUAUAAACUGUCUGCAAGACAAAUUAAGUGAGAGAGAAGAGAUUAUCAAACAGCUGGUGGAAGGAAGAAAAUGUCAGCAUUCACUUUCAGCCAACACUGAAUCUUACAGGAAUCGGUCAUUUUCUUUCAACCCUAAUACAGUAUGCCUGACUCCCUCCAUGAAGCAGAAGAAGAAAACGGUUGAGGUGCCCAGUCGUGUUGUCAGUGUUCCAAAUUUAGCUUCCUACGCAAAGAGCUUUUUGAGCUGUGAUUUAAGAUCAAAAAGAAGUGCUCCACAAAUAACAAAAUCUACAAGCUUAGACCGGAGUCCUGGCUGCCUCAGGGUGGGCUCUCCAUCAACACAGUCCUCAGACAGCAGUGCUGCCACAAGGACACAUGGCAAUGAACCACCACAAACCAAAGAUGACCAAAAACAAGACCCUCAGCAUCAAGAAUGGUUUACUAAGUAUUUUUCAUUUUAAGAAAAACUAUUUCCAUGCUUCUCAGAAUUACUAUAGAAGUCAUUCCUGUUUUCUUUUUAGGAAUGAUAAUCCAAUAGAUGAUUUAAGGCAAGAAAAAAAAUGUAAUUUCUAAGUAAAGUCAGAAAAUACUUGCACUCUCUUAUACCUAGUAACUAUGGAGUUACACGCAUGAAUUUCAGGAAAAUGCAUUUUUUUUUAACAACUUCUGUAAAAAAAAAAGAAGAAAAAGUUUGGAUACAGUUAUGCAAAAAUACUUUAUAAUCCUGAGACUGUACCACUCCACAGUUUCAUUAAAUAUGGAAUUUGGAUUUUGAUACCUUCUGUCAAUUUGACACCAGCUGAAAAAAAAUCUUCCUUCUGUACAUUUAUACACUUGCUUCAUCAGCUGUUUAAAGUAAAUUCUUCAUAUAAUAAUGUAAUUUAAAAAGUUUUUAAUGCUUUUUGUUAAAUUAAUUUUAAACUGUACAGCAUGUGGUACACCUUCAAAAAUAGCAUGUUUAUAGCAGGCUGGUUUAGAAAUAAUUUCUUGUUUGCUUCAUAAACUGUUUUGUAUAGUCAGCAUUGCUAUGUAAUAUUCACACUGAAUUUCAAUAUAUGUAUCAGCCUGAUAAAUUAGGAUGAUGUGUAAGUAUGAACAUUAAAGCUUGUAAAUUAUCCAAUUUCAA